CCUAAUAAAUAACCUAACAAAUUGUUGAUAAUAAAUGUUUUGUGUAUGAAAAUCCAUUUUUUGCAUUAUUUAUAUAUCAUACUAUCCGUCUCUUUUAUCGAAUACUACAAUUUUUUAUUGAACCAUUUAGCAUUUCAAAUGUUUUUGAGAACUUUGAAAAGGCAAGAAAGAUGUUUGAAACUAAUGAUUGUUAUGCAAAAGGCAAACAGUGCAUCAAUUUCUUCUUUGAAGAAUGCCCCAGCUGCUUUUAAGCAAAAAGAAAAUGAAUCACCAAUUCUAAGGACUCCUUCAGAGACGACUGCAUCUCCAACUUUAGCAGCCACCUCUGAAGCAGAUUUCUUAGUGAAAUUAAAGAAUGAUCCGGAUAAGUUUGGUUCCUCGACAAAUAAUGAUAUUCUGGACGAAGGUGAUUUAAAGGAAGAAAAAUUUAUUGGGCAAAGAACACCACGUUCUAAAAAACUCUCAACGAAGCAAUAUGCUGACAUGAUAAAAAAAUAUAUUAGCAGUGGCAAUUUGAAGCAAGCUAUUAAUGUAGUAGAGAUAAAAAUGAUCAAGGAAGAUCAAGUUAAACCUGAAAACUAUAUAUACAAUUUAUUAAUUGGUGCUUGUGGUAGACAAGGACUUCUUAAAAAAGCCUUUUCUCUUUAUAAUGAUAUGAAAAGAAGAGGAUUAAAAGUAACUGGUGGAACAUACACAGCUCUAUUUAAUGCUUGUGCUAAUAGUCCGUCUGCAGCUGAUGGUUUGAAAAGUGCCAAGCAUUUGAGAAAUAUAAUGGUUGAAAAAAUGUAUGAACCAAAUGAUACUAAUUACAAUGCUAUGAUAAAAGCAUUUGGAAGGUGUGGUUGUCUUUCCACAGCAUUUGCAAUUGUAGAUGAAAUGAUAACUAAGAAAAUGAUCAUUACCAGUGAUACCUUGAAUUUCUUACUGCAAGCAUGCAUACAGGAUAAAAAUUCAGGCUUUAGACAUGCUUUGCUGGUUUGGAGAAAAAUGAUAAAAUUAAAAAUCAAACCAUCUAUAUAUACAUACAAUCUGAUGCUUCAUACAAUUAGAGAUUGCAAUUUAGGAGAUCUUGAAGUUACUCAAAAUGUGAUAUCCCAAAUCGUUAAUGAGAAAAUUCAAAUUGGAAGUGAAACUAAUAAAUUACUUUUGAAUGGAACUGACCAAAAGCUAUUAUUAUCAACAGAAAAAGAUUUAGUUCCCUCAACAGAAAAUCCGAUUCAAAAUUCAUCUCUGAAUGACCUUAGUUAUCCAAAUUUAAUGGCCAAAACACCCAAACUUGGAAACUUGAUUUCUCUGUGUGAGGUUGUGAAACCUGAGGAUAAGUUGUUACUGGUUGGAGGAAUGAAUUCUUAUUUAAAUGAUAUGAAGGAAAAUGAUUGCACGCCAGAUAUUAAAACAUAUACUUUACUUCUGGAUGUCAUACCAAGUUCAUUAGCUGCAGAAAAUCAGCUCCUUUUACACAUGAAAAAAUCUGGUAUCAAAAUAGAUGUAGACUUUUUCAAUAUGUUGAUGAAAAAAAGAAUUAUGCGCCAAGAUUAUGAUAAUGCAAAGGGAGUUCUGAAGCUUAUGGAAAAACUUUCACUUCGACCAAAUUUAUUUACUUAUGGAGUACUUGCCCUUUGCUGUAGAACUGAACUAGAGGCUUUACAGUUUCUAGACGAAAUGAAAAGUUGUAAAUAUAGGUUGAAUGCAGAAAUUUUGGGAUCAUUACUACACCAGGCUUGUUAUUCUAAAAAUUUUAUGUAUGUUAUGAAAGUUAUGCAAAUAUGCAUUGAAGAAAAUGUCAAGCCUAAUAAGAAAUUUAUUGAUCAUUUGGAUGAGUUGAAGAAGGAAUGUAGGAGGAUGAUCAAUAAUAAGAAUGACCGAGUGGGACAAUCAAAAGCUUUCCAAAGAGGAUUUCAGCUGUUCAGGUUACGAUAUAAAAAAUGGUUGAGUGAAGUCAAAAUGGAUAAAAUGGAAGAAAAGAACCCUUUGGAACAAUUUGAGGAAGAUGCAGAUCCAAAUGCAGAUAAAUAUUUUGUUGACAAAAAUAAAUCUUCACACUUUAAACCUAGGCGAGCAACCAAACCGAGUAAAAUGGAUACACCAAAUAAAAUAGCAACUUGAAA